AGGCCUCCAGCAGGCCCUGGAGCGCCCUCACCUUCUCUCCCGCCCGGCUGGUCGUGUCUGAGGGGGCGAACGCCACCUUCACCUGCAGCUUCUCCAGUAAGCCAGAGGAACACUUCGUCCUCAACUGGUACCGCAUGAGCCCCAGCAACCAGACAGACAAACUGGCUGCCUUCCCCGAGGACCGCAGCCAGCCCGGACGAGGCCGGCGCUUCCGCGUCACGCCGCUGCCCGGCGGGCGACAGUUCCACAUGAGCAUCGUGGCCGCCCAGCGCGAUGACAGCGGCGCCUACUUCUGCGGGGCCAUCUACCUGCCACCCCGGACACAGAUCAACGAGAGCCGCCCCGCGGAGCUCAGGGUGACAGAGGAGGUCCUGGAGCCGCCCACGGAGCACCCCAGCCCCCAGCCCAGGCCUGAGGGCCAGAUGCAAAGCCUGGUCAUCGGCGUCACAAGCUUCAUUCUGGGGGUCCUGCUGCUGCUGCUGCUGAUCUGGGUCCUGGCCGCAGCCUUCCUCGGGGCCACUCGAGGGGGCUGCGCCUGCAGGAGCCGAGACCAGCUUCCGAAGGAGGGCUCCCCCUCUGUGCCGGCUGUCACGGUGGACUACGGGGAGCUGGACUUCCAGUGGCGGGAGAAGACCCCAGAGCCCGCGGCUCCCUGCGUCCCCGAGCAGACAGAGUAUGCCACCAUUGUCUUCCCAGGCCGCAGGGCGUCCGCCGACAGCCCGCAGGGGCCCUGGCCACUGAGGACCGAGGAUGGACACUGCUCCUGGCCCCUCUGACCGGCUUCACCAGCUGGGCAGAGUCCUUCAGACCCUCCGCCCAGAGCCAGGGCUGGCCGCGUUCCCUGGAGAGGCGUGUGGUGGAGAGGAGAAGGGUGGGCCACCGAGGGCUUGAGCCCGGCCCACAGGGACCUCCCGGCACCUGCCAGCACCCACCAGCCCUGCCUGGCUCCCCUUUCAAGGCUUGCAGCAAUCCAGGGGCAGGAAGCGUCACUGUCCCUAAGGGCAAGGGAGAGAGCCUCGCCCAGGACCCCAGGCCCAGCCCUGGACUGUGAUGCCUGGAGCCACCCUUAUACACGCCCACUGCCUCCCAGGGGAUCCUAGGGCCUGGAGACUGCUGUGGCGCAAGCCGGUAGACCCAGCAUGGGUCCCUCGAGGGGCGCAUGGGGACGUGCAUGAGGUCAGGGCUCCCCAGGGCUCUGGCUCCCCCAGGCCCGGAGAGAGCCAGGGCAGCGGUGGGCCCUCCGCCUGCAAACACGCCAGGCCCUCGUGCAGCCCAGCAAACAAGCAAAGGAGGGAGCUGGCCCAGAGCUGCAACCGGCCGCCGAAACCCUCCUGGGGGCGCAGGGUCUCCAUGCAUCCGCACGUCUCCUGGACUCCCAUUUACGGUGCUACUCAAGGGGUCUCAGCCAGGCUCCCCCCAGGGUGCUGGGCAGGUCCCCUCCUGAGGCCUGCACACGCACUCCGGCCGUGUGGCCAGGGUCAGCUCGGCCUGGGUGGGGGGCAUGCGUCCCAUGCAGGGGUCCACACGCCCGCCCUACUCUGUUACACUGUAAUUAAAGAGUGAGAACACUCCA